UUGCUCCAACUAAGAGUAGAGCGUUCAACUACAUAUCCCAUAAUGCUUCGCUGCUUGUGGAUGUGCGCGUGUGACUGAGCUCAGCGAGGGGCGAGAGGUGGAAAAAGAAGGAAUUUACGAUUUCGCCUGCAAACUUGGAGCGACGCAGUUUGCUAUAACAAUGGCCUAGACAACCCACCGGCUGCUGCCGUGUCCUUUCCACACUUGUGUGCUUCAAGUAAUAAACAGGACGCAGACGUGCCACUACAAUAGAUAAUCCAGUAAAACAGAAACAGCCACCAUACAAUUCAGCUCCUUCACUCAGACAGCUGAAUCUGUUUUUGGGGAAAUUGACUGGCUGCAGUUUAGUAUGGAGGCUUCAUUCGGGCCAACCUUCGCAGCUGUGGCUGCUGGAGCUAAAGCAGAAACAUCCAGCACUUACAAACAACAUAGGAGAACCCCCUCAUCCUCUAGCACCUUGACCUACUCCCCUCGGGACGACGACGAUGGAAUGCCACCUAUUGGAACUCCACGAAGGUCAGAUUCAGCCAUCUCAGUGCGAUCUCUCCAUUCGGAGUCCAACAUGUCCCUUCGUUCCACUUUCUCGCUGCACGAAGAGGAGGACGACAUGGAGCCCCAGGUAUUUGCAGAACAGCCGUCAGUAAAACUGUGCUGCCAGUUGUGCUGCAAUGUUUUCAAGGACCCGGUUAUCACCACUUGUGGACACACUUUCUGCAGACGAUGUGCCUUGACCUCAGACAAGUGUCCAGUGGAUGCAGCGAAGCUGACAGUUGUAGUGAACAACAUUGCGGUUGCUGAGCAGAUUGGAGAGCUUUUCAUACACUGUAAAUACGGCUGCAGGGCCACUGUCACUGGUGCAGGUGCUGGCGGGGCCUCCAACGCCACUGCGGCGGGGAAGCCCGGGGCACAUGAGGUGGACCCAGUGGGUUGCCCGUUCACUAUCAAACUAUCUGCACGCAAAGAACACGAAACCAGUUGUGACUACAGGCCUGUCCGGUGCCCUAACAACCCCUCCUGCCCCCCGCUGCUCACAAUGAACCUGGAGGCGCACCUCAAAGAAUGCGAACACAUCAAAUGUCCUCACUCAAAAUAUGGGUGUACUUUUAUUGGUAACCAGGAUACAUAUGAAACACACCUGGAAAUGUGUAAAUUUGAAGGGCUGAAGGAGUUUCUGCAGCAGACUGAUGACAGAUUCCAUGAAAUGCAGCUGACUUUAGCUCAGAAGGACCAAGACAUUGCUUUCCUCCGCUCAAUGUUGGGCAAACUCUCUGAGAAAUUAGAUCAGCUAGAAAAAAACCUGGAGCUCAAAUUCGACAUGCUAGAUGAGAAUCAGAGUAAACUGGGUGAGGACCUUAUGGAAUUUCGCAGGGACGCCUCUAUGCUCAAUGAUGAACUGUCCCACAUAAAUGCUAGACUCAACAUGGGCAUCCUGGGCUCAUACGAUCCUCAGCAGAUUUUCAAGUGUAAAGGGACAUUCGUUGGUCAUCAGGGACCUGUUUGGUGUCUGUGUGUCUACUCCACUGGAGACCUGCUCUUUUCUGGCUCAUCAGACAAGACUAUCAAGGUAUGGGACACGUGCACUACCUACAAAUGUCAAAAAACCCUGGAAGGACACGACGGCAUCGUGCUGGCGCUCUGCAUCCAGGGAAACCGUCUCUACAGCGGCUCUGCAGACUGCACCAUCAUCGUGUGGGACAUCCAGACUCUUCAAAAAGUCAACACCAUUCGUGCCCAUGACAACCCCGUUUGUACACUGGUUUCAUCCCACAACAUGUUAUUCAGUGGCUCUCUCAAGGCAAUUAAGGUCUGGGAUAUUGUGGGGACUGAGUUGAAGCUGAAGAAAGAGUUAACCGGGCUGAAUCACUGGGUCAGAGCACUGGUGGCGUCCCAGAACCACCUGUACAGCGGAUCAUAUCAGACCAUCAAGAUUUGGGACAUCCGUUCCUUAGAAUGCGUUCACGUGUUGCAGACAAGCGGGGGUAGUGUCUACUCUAUCGCCGUCACCAAUCAUCACAUUGUUUGUGGCACCUAUGAAAAUCUCAUUCAUGUUUGGGACAUUGAGUCCAAAGAGCAAGUGCGCACACUGACCGGUCACGUGGGGACCGUUUAUGCUCUUGCCGUCAUCUCCACACCUGACCAGACCAAAGUGUUCAGUGCCUCCUAUGACCGUUCUCUCAGGGUGUGGAGCAUGGACAACAUGAUCUGCACCCAGACCCUGCUCAGACAUCAGGGCAGCGUCACAGCUCUGGCUGUGUCCCGAGGUCGCCUAUUCUCUGGAGCGGUGGACAGCACAGUGAAGGUGUGGACAUGCUGAAUAGAUCCAACAAUCCAGACAUCUCCACGACAAACAAUCCAAACGCCAACAUUUCUUCUUGUUGUUCAACUUCACAGCUACGGUCCAAUAAGUAUUUGCUCAGAGAGUUUCAACAUUUUGACCUUUUAUGGUCAUCAAACCCGAGUGAUCAAACUCAAGGUCCUUACCGAUCUCAUCACAUUGUGCAUUAUGGCAAACUGUCAAACGGUUGAAUGACUGAAUGCUUUGUGCCUGUAAAAGCAGGAUUUUAGUGACCACACCGUUUCCUGCAGACUGUCCUCCUACAUCGCAGCUCACUUAUAGAAAGAACUCAUCAGGGCUGGUUUCACAAACAUGCUUUUUACGUAGUGUUCAUGUAAAUAUAAAGGUUUCCUGUUUACAGUAUUUUGUAAAAUGAGAUUAUACUUCAGUGAGACUGGGGGGGGAAACCUGAUCAUUAUUUCUCCUACACAACUCAGCUUUGUAAAACCAGCCUUUAUAUUAGUAACAUUUAAUAAGAUGAACAUUAUAUCACUCGGCGACUUGAGUCCAUAACUUGUGCUGAAUAGCAAAUGCAUAUUUAUAUGUGUAUUAAACAUAUGUUUUUAUGAGUGCCAUAUAAGGGGUUUGAGGACAAAGCACUGAUUGUUUCAACUACAUUUAGUGUCACACGCGUUAACACAGAAGUGUGAGCUUUGUUUGUAUGUGUGUUUUAACAGAAGGAGAGAUGGGCGGGGGGCUCUUAAACUCCCAGAAGUGCCACUGGGCGAAUGUGAUGUGCAAGUGCCCAUAUUGGGUUAUACAUGUAUAUAAGCCUGUAGUCAUAGCAACAUGUUGACCCACAUCACAUUUAUAAGUACUGUCGGGUGCACCCACCGAAUAUAUACUUAAAAUGUGAGAAUUUCACAGAUGUUCCAAAGUAUUUUGUUGUCAUGUUAUUGCACAUCUGGCCACUACUUAGAGAUUUCUUGGAUAAUGUAUGUUUAAUCAUGUAAACUUCAUAAAACUGUUGUACACUUUGACCACCGAGUGAGUUCAUGGAGCAAUCAAAUUGCAGUAGGUUGGUUGUCACAAUUUUUACUCUUUCAUUAAUAUCUUCCCAUCAAGUGUUAAAAUAGUCACUUAUUACAGGAGAGCUUAAUAGUUCAGUUAGAUUUAACAUCUUUAUUUUCAACCCUUUUAAAACAUUUUUUUAAGUAUUGAACCUAAUAAAUAAGGAACAUUAACAAGAAUAAAGUUAUCAUUAAAUCAGAACAGGUUUACAAUGUUGCUUCAACAGAAUAUAAUACAUCCAAUUUUCAGGUUAUUGUGUUUAAAAAAAAAAUCAUUGUACUCAAGGCAGAAGACAUUUAAAGGUUUUCAGCACCCAUUUAUACUGAGCCCAGAACUGUCUAUUCACUGUCUGAAACAUAGCGAUAACACACUUCGCGUCUGCUCUCUCCAAAUAUGCAACUUUGGUGUGCCCAUUGACUCUCCAUUUACCAUUUUUAUUUUUGAAAUUCUAUUUAUAACAUGUACACAACUGAGAGGUGAUGGAAAGCAAUUUCACUGGUACAGUGACAAUAAAAAUCCUUUGAACUCUAGUGUCACAACACGUCCACGUUGU